CGCCGUCUCGGACUGGGUCGCCAGGAAGGAAAGACACCCUUGACCAAAUUCUCCUGAAUUUAUCGUCAAUGUGCUCAAACCCCCACUCGGGGGGGGGGGGGGUUCACUAUCAUUUCGCUGGACCAAAACAUCUUUCCUUGAAGCUUCGUGUCCGAUUAAAGUCGUCUCGGUGUACGUUGAUAUAUCUCGGCCUAGUUUAGCUUCGGGUAGCUUGCUAGCCGCUAACAAAGAGGUGCUCGUGCUCGACACAUCGCUACGCAGAGAUCUUAAGCGUAAAGCGUCGUAAUUUUCGUGUGAAAAUGUGCGCAAGAAGCAGAGCAGAGUACGAGGAGGAACUUUGUGGAGCAAAAGAGGACCACGAGCGACAACGUCAACUACUGGAAGCCAUUGGCAAGAUGCAGCCAAGAAUUGUUCUUCACAGAUUAGACAUCAGCAAAGAUGUUUGUCCUGAGCGUCUGGAUGCAGAAAUUAAAGAGGAAGAGAAGAGCAGAGAGGUCACCCACUUCAAGGAGGAAGAGGAGGAGCAGGCCCUUUAUAUUAAAAAAGAGGAGGAGCUAGAGCACCCAUGCACAAAAGAUGGUGACAACACAUCAUCGAAUGUUGAGGAUGAUGUUCAUGAUGAUGAGGAGGAGGAGGAUGAAGAGUCUGAUAGUGAUCUGACAUGUCACACUGACAAAAAACCCUGGAAAUGUCUUUGGUGUGGGAAGACGUUUCCUUAUAAGAGUCCUUUCAAAAGACAUAUGAGAAUCCACACUGGUGAAAAACCGUUCACCUGUUCAGACUGUGGCCGGAAAUUUUAUUGUAAGGGAGCCUUAAAAACACACACAAGAACCCACACUGGUGAGAAACCUUUUGCUUGCUUAGUUUGUGGCCAAAAAUACACUCAGAAGGCAACCUUAAAAUCACACGCCAGAAUGCAUACUGGUGAGAAACCUUUUUCCUGCUCAGUUUGUGGCCAAAGAUUCUUUUGGAUGCAAAACUUAAAAAGGCAUGCAACAACACACACUGGUGAGAAACGUUUUUCCUGUUCAGUUUGUGGCCAAAGAUUCUCUAGGAGGGAAAGCUUUAAAAAUCACAUAAGAACCUACACUGGGGAGAAACCAUUCACCUGUUCAGACUGUGGCCAAAUCUUCUGUCACAAGGGAAGCUUAAAAAGGCAUGCAAGAACGCACACUGGUAAGAAACUUUUUUUCCUGCUCACUUUGUGACCAAACAUUUUCGCGGAUGUCUCAGAUGAAGAAUCACAAGUGUGUUAAAGAGAUGAAUAGUUAUCAAUGAAGUUUUCACCCCGAUCUGAUCAGGCUUCAUGAAUCUGAACUCAUCUGGCUCUCCUGACAACCUUCAUUGUAGUUAUAAACCAUAAUUCCAUGUGUGUUCAUCUUAUCGUGUC